AUGGCGUCCAAGGUGGACUCCAACCUGAUGUCUAAGAUGACCGAAGAAGAGAAGAAGAUCACUGGUCAAGACCACCCUGUCAAGGGAGGUCCCACAGCUCAGGCUCAGAAACAUGCAAAUCAACCCCUCAACUCUGAAGUCAUCCGUGAUAUUACCAAGGGCGAAGAGAAGAUUACUGGCAAUCCAAAUCCAACGCGGUCCGGUCCUACCAGCACUGCCCAAAGCAUCCUCACCAGGUCUGGGAACGCACAAACGACGUCCAAUACUCCUGGCAACCAACAGGAGAAUCACUCUGGCAUCCUCGACUCAUCCACCAUCUCCAAGGUCACCGAUGCGGAAAAGAAGAUUACCGGUGACGACCAACCAGCUCGUGGAGGACCUACAGCUCGUGCUCAGCAACAUAGUGGAGAAGCCAUCACGUCAGAGGCUUUGCACGACAUCACAGAGGGAGAGAAAAAGCUGACAGGAGGAGAACGAGUCAAGGGCGGACCAACCAGCACCGCACAGAGUGAGCUGGCCAAGAGCAGAUCAUGA